AUGGCCGCGCGCCGUCGCGAGCUGCCUCCGGUGCCACAUCGGCGCCUUCUUCUCUUCUUUCUCGAGGAGGAAGAAGAGGUCCGGGACUGGCGCAGUGAGAUUCGAGGGCUGGACCUUGAAAAUUUGCUGGGCGCUUCGCGUACGAAUAGCUUGGUGCUGCGUUUCCUGGGCCUCGACUUUUCUUACGAGCUUUUCUGCGUCAACAGAGCUGUCCGAGUCAUUUUACUGGCUACUUCGGAUUUUGCGGCUGCCGACUCGGAAGCCGAGCCUUCCGAUGCCGAAGAUGGUCUGCCCUUGACAUUCUUUUGGAAAGGGGUGGAUGGAAGGUCUUCGGGGCAGCCUGGUGACAAUGCUUUGUCUUGCGAUCCCCUUGAGGAUGCCUCUCAGGCCGCAGGUGUGGCAAGCGGGGAGCAUCUGGAGAUAAACUCCGUUGAUGGGGCUUUUUCUGCAAACUUAGAUGUUUUCGAGGAAGAUGUUUGGUCCUGUGGGAAUUCCGCUGCGGAACGAGACUGGUAUAAAGUUGAUUUGUCGGAAGAUGGUGCUGCUCUGCCUUCAGAGGGUUCAGUGAGCCUUCCGACGGAGGCUCCUGGUUGGGGCUUGUCAUCUGCGGCGGCAGGCUCUUCUGCUGCUUCUGCUAGAAAUCUGGACAGGUCGAUGGCGGCAGCUUUCCAAACUUUGGAUGUUCCUCAAGUAAAGCAAGUCUGGGAGAAUGAUUUCUGGGGAAGUAUUUUUACUCCUCAGUCAGAGGAUUCCUUCCGUGGGUUUUAUGGAACUGGCCUCAAGAGGCCUCUGCAGCCUGGCGUCCCAGAAGGCGUCUUGGAGCAACCUUCGAAGAACCCGCAGAGGGCGGGAAGGGUCGUCACUAAAAUUUUCGAGAUGGCCGUUGUUAACAGAGUGGUUGCAUCGUGGAAGCAGCAGCGCGAGGAACAGCUUUUGGAAGCGGUCAGUGCUUGGGCUGUUUUCAUUGGCAGAUGGUCUGAAGGUGUGCAGGUGCGGGAUCAGCUUUGCGAACUUCCCACUGACGAUGAAAGGAAGGCCAUGACUUACGAUGUGCUGGGUGCAAAGGCCCCGGGCACACUUCGCAAGAGGUUAAGGAGUCUCUUGAAGUAUGAAGCUUUCCUUCGUCAGAAGAAGCUGGUUUUCCCUGCAAACGAGAUUUUGCUUUACAUGUUCCUCUGUCUUGAAAGGGAUGGGGGUGCCAGCUUAUCUUCGAGAAAGGCUACGUAUGAAGCAGUGGUUUUCUGCAGAUACGUCCUGGGGGUAGAGGAGCUGGACCUAUGUGUCAAGAGCAGGCGUUGCCUUGGCAAUGCGUGCCGUGGCGAGGUGAGGCCGAGGAACAGGGCUUCGCCGCUGACGGUGGAUGAGCUCUCCCUUCUGCACGACCGGCUGGAGAACACACAGGACCCGUGGGACCGCGUUUUCGCUGGAGCAGUUUUGCUGUGUGUAUAUUCGCGGGCAAGAUGGUCAGACCUGAUGCAUGCAGAAGGAAUUAUUUAUGAUUAUGACAACCAGAAGAAUCUUGCCUAUGUGGAGUGCCCCGUGGCGUACCAUAAGAAUAUGAGGAGCCGAGUUAUGCGGCAUGAUCUGCUUCCUAUGGUGGCUCCUGGCCUGGGAGUUGCGGGUUCCAACUGGGCGAGGCUGUGGAAGCUUGCUAGAGAGGAACUCAACAUUCCAGAUCCUCCGGAAUUUCCUGUCAUGCCGGCGCCGGAUAAGUCUGGUGCUGCUAGUGUCAGGCCGCUGGACACUGAGGAGAUGGGCAGGUGGCUGAGACAUCUGCUAACGGGUUCUGGAUCGAAGCAAGCUGACAGAAAGCUAUCAUCGCAUAGCUGCAAGUGUACCAUGUUGAGCUAUGCGGCAAAGAGGGGAAUCAGUAUUGUCGACAGGCAGCUGUUGGGAUAUCACACGACGCCGCACCGCAUGGCCCUGACAUACUCCCGUGAUUCUGCAGCUCAUCCUUUGAUGAUCUUGGAGCGGAUGAUCAAGGAGAUAAGGGAUCGAGUUUUUCUCCCAGAUGAGACUCGUAGCGGGCGCUUGGUGGGCAAAGCCGCUGACUCGCAUCAGCGUUCAGAGGUAGUUGUGAUAAAGGAGGAACAUGACCCGCCCUCUCCUAUCGAAGGGGAUGAUGCUGCUAAAAACCUUGCAGGCGAUGAGGAAGCCCUCGACGCUGAGGCCACCGGGCAUAUCACUACGGACUCUUCCUCCAGCGACUCGUGCGCGGAGGAGGCUGAGGGACCGUUCUCGAAGCUGGUAGUGAAUGUUCCUGAGGGUCAUGAUGUGUGGAGGCACGAGAAGUCGAGAGUGGUGCAUUUUGCCCCUACCGGCUACACUAAGGUUUUCGCUUGCGGAAGGGCCAUAGGAUCUCUGCAUGUCAAGAUACGGGCAGAGGACCUCCGGUGGGACUUCAGCAAGUGUAGGAUUUGCAACAAGAACGUUUGA